UAUAAGUGUGUUUCUCAGUAUGCAAUACAAAGAGCAAGAAGCAAUGAAAGAAAGAAAUAGAGUAAUGAUAAGGAGUAUGUUCACACUCCAGUAAAUCGCCAUGAAGUGUAAAGUCCUGUUCUAUUUAUGGUUGUCGGGCCUAAUAAAGCCAGGCUCCUCUGCAGACGUCUCUGUGUCUCCGGGCUCCUCGGCCAUCCUCAACUGCUCCUGUACUUUACCGUCUCUGGUUGAUGAUUCUCUCUUGAACAUCACCUGGUCCUUCAGUGAUUUAGUCAUCGCCUCAAGAAACCACACUCAACCAGGCUUCUUCUUGAACACCACCUCCUCCUUCACUGGCUCCUUCCCACUGACGGUUUAUAACAUCACUCCAGACCAGCAGGGAGUGUACGAGUGCAGGGUGAGCUACAACGACACCAAUUACUCUACAGAUGUGACUCUGACAGUGUUGGUGCCUCCGCUGGUCUCCAUCGUCUUACCUGAGGUAGUUUUGAAAAGAAAAGCUGUGGUUGAAUGUUGGGCGAAGAGCUUCAGUCCUCCACAGAUCAUGUUCACCUGGAUAAGAGCGGGAAAUAAAAUCCAAGAGCCGCAAAAGCUGCAGGUGAAGGUCAGAGAGGACGGGCUGUACGAGGCGGUCAGCUGGCUGUCUUUCAUCCCUCAGAUCUCUGACCAGAACACCAGCUUGGGCUGCGAGGUGAGACACACAGCCCUGGAGAAGCCCAUCUUGGAGGAAUUCACGCUUCACAUCACAGUUCUCCCGAAGGUCUCUCUCUCUGCUCUUCCCUCCUCUUCACACUCUUCUCCGCUCACCCUCUCCUGUGACCUCAGUGGAUUCUACCCUGAUAACGUGUCCAUUCUCUGGAUCCAGAAUGGAGAGGUUCUUCCAAGCUAUCCUCUGUCCGUCCAGAAUGAUGAAGGGAUGUACGAGAGGCUUCAGUAUCACACACUGAGUGUGGAGGAGAGGAGCCGAGGAGGACAGGUCCAGUGCGUGGCCCAGCAGCCCAAUGUUCAGGAGCCAGUCUCUGCUGCCAUCGACCUCUCCACCGCUGACCCACGAGUGCAAAACCCAGGCCUGAAUAAAUCAGCCAAGGCUUCGGUAGCAAUGAUGAUCAUUUCACUCACACUGGUUUUUUUGCUCUGCUUUGGAUUUUCUUGGAAAAGAAGGGAUGAGAAGCUGAAGUCUCUGAACGUCUCGGCGAUCGUUCUGCCGCCCCGGGUGGUUGUGGGUAAGAAGGGCAGAGUCACUAUCAGUGUGGAAGGCCGGCUGGUGGAGAGAGUCCAGACCACAUGGUUUCUCAACGACCUUCCCAUCACAGACACUACAUACAGAGAGAAAAACCCUCUUUACUCGGCUCCUCGCAGCUCUCGGGUGUCUGUGGUGUCGGAGAAGAGCUCCCUGCUGCGCUCCGCUGCUGGCUCUGGAUAUUACAAGCUGCACACGCAGAUGUCUCCACGCUCGUCCUCCAGCUCCGUGAAGCAGCUCUUCUCCUCUGUCACAUUUAUACCUGACCUCUCCGUUCACAAAGGCGCCAUUUUCAAAUGCCACGUCUCGUAUAAGGGCAAAGACAAGAUUGUGGCCGAGAGAGUGUCCGACAAGUUUACUAUUCUAGCACCACCUGAAGUUUCAGAGAUCCAGUUCUCAGAGCCAAAUGAGGAAGGAGAAGGUUUUCUCUGCGCAGGCGUGGUGACCAUGACGGCCCAGGCCUCUGGCUUUCACCCGGACAUCAUCACCUUCCGCUGGUUCUGUGAGGGCGGUGAACUGAGCCCCGUGUCUGUCCCUCAGGCCCUGGCGGCUCCUCGGCCUGACGCUGAAGGCUUCUUCUCGGCCCUGAGUCAGUGCCGGCUCCCCGCCGUCGAGCUGGAGCGAGGAGAGACCCGGGUGUGGGUCACCGUCCACCACACCGCCCUCAAACAGCCCCUCGCUCGCCAGACCAGAGGGUUCAUCAAGCAGCCCUGGGUCUCAGAGAUCAUGUCCUCCUCCGAGCGUCUGACCUGUGACCUCACAGGCUUCUAUCCGCCGGACAUCUCUGUCAGAUGGCUGUGUGUGAACGUGAACGAGAGCGAGAGGGAAAUCAGCGACGGGGCUGAGCUCUGGGGCCCGCUGCAGACCCUGCCCAGGACCUUUCGAGCAAAAGCCUUACUGAAAGAUCUGCGAGAGACGGAGAGAGCCGAGAUCGUCUGCAGAGUCUCACACUGCUCUCUGCUGAAACCCAUCGAGCGAGUCUGGAGGAACACUCUCAUCGUGGCUCCCUGCAUCCCUCCGUCUCUGUCGGUUCGCUGGAGCAGAGAUGGACUGGGAAUAUUCUCCGUUCUUCUCUCUGGAGGAAAACCCUCGGCUGAAGUUCUGUGGGCUGCUGGAGGCACGACCCUCUCCAAGCUUUUGUCCAGAGAGACCGAGACGGAAGACGGCGAGCUCCGGAGCGUCUGUGUCCUGCUGAGGUCUACAGGAGGAAAGGACCGAGCAGGACAUGUAUGCAAAAUCAGGCCGUCCAGCGUGGACCGUGAUGAAGAGUGUGAGAAGAUGAAUGAAAGCGUGGAUGGAGUGAAAUCAGACGAGGAGGACGAGGAUCUGUCCUGUGUAAACACUGUGAGGCUGAGGAAGGAGAAGAGAGAGCGUCUGAGAGUUACUGUGGAGAUUACCCAUCCUGCACUGGGACUGCCCGAGUACCUCACCUGGACAGAGGAAGCUUCAUCUUGAUGGUUCACAGUUCUGUAGAAAUCUACAUCUUCUGACGCCCACAAGAAACUUUAUACUUACGUUUGCUGUUUUAUUUAUUUUUCUUAAAAAAGGAAGUUUUGUUUUUUUACUACUAAUCACGUGAUGCAUGAAACAAUAGUAUACUCUUUAAUCUUUUGAAUGGCAUGUCAUCAAUGUUAAUUAAAUCAACUCUUUAAAGCUG